UUGUCUGUUUAUGAAUCAUCCCACAGGGUCGCAUCAUAAUAGGAAGAAAUUCCUUAGCCCCCUUUAUGAUUGGUGCCCUCUACCUGGGUUCAUGCAGCUGCCUUUAUGAAAGGAAAAGAGAAUAUGCAGAUACUUAUAUAUACUUUACACUAACCCCAAAUAUUGCAGUAGCUCUGACCAUCUUUGGUUUGAGAGUACAGUGAUGUUACAAUAAAGUUAAAUUUGGGGAAUGGAAGACCUUGUAAUGAAUGUCAAGGGACUUGGGGAAUUCCUAUGAUCUAGAGCAAAGAUGACACGAGAACAGUAUAUAUUGGCAACACAGCAGAAUCACCUGCCUCGAACGGAGAAUCCUCAAUUUUAUCCAGUCGGAAUUUAUGGAUGGAGGAAGAGGUGCUUAUACUUUUUUGUCCUCCUGCUUCUGGUUACUGCAAUUGUUAACUUAGCCAUGACGAUAUGGAUAUUGAAAGUGAUGAAUUUCACUGUGGAUGGGAUGGGGAAUCUGAGAGUCACCAAGGAAGGAAUCCGACUUGAAGGUAUAUCUGAAUUUCUACUUCCAUUGUAUGUGAAAGAAAUCCAUUCCCGAAAGGACAGCCCAUUGGUCUUACAGUCUGACAGGAAUGUUACCCUGAAUGCCCGGAAUGCCCAGGGACAACUCACUGGCCAGCUGACUGUAGGGGGCUGGAGAAGGUGGCUGACUGUGGACUCCACACCUCUUCAAGGAUUGGACUUCCCCUGUUUGUGGGUUCCAGGAGCAGAUGCUGUGGAAGCUCAGUGUAAAAAGUUUGAAGUGCGUGCAAGUGAAGGUGGCAAGGUCCUGUUUUCUGCCAAUGAAGAGGAGAUCACUAUUGGGGCUGACCGACUGAAAGUAACAGGCACAGAAGGAGCAGUGUUUGGACACUCUGUAGAAACACCUCACAUCAGAGCAGAACCUUCCCAAGAUCUCAAGCUUGAAUCUCCAACUAGGUCUUUGAUCAUGGAAGCACCUAGAGGCGUCCAAGUGAGUGCAGAUGCAGGAGACUUCAAGGCCACAUGCAGGAAAGAACUUCACUUACAAUCCACAGAAGGGGAGAUAUUUUUAAAUGCAGACACCAUUCGGCUAGGAAAUCUGCCUGUGGGAUCCUUUUCUGCUGCCCCACCAAGCUCCCCAGCACCUCAACAGACUGUGUACGAGCUCUGUGCCUGUCCCAAUGGCAAACUGUACCUUUCCCCAGCUGGAACGGGCUCCACGUGUCAUUCCAGCAGCAGCAUCUGCUUGUGGCACUGACACGCCCCUGAUGGCACCUCACACCAGAAUAGCCUUCCCUUCCUGGCCGUCUGCUACCCAGUUCUGCUCAGUUUGCCUCCCAAGGAGUCUAAGGCACUCUCAUACUUUGCAGAGAGUCUCAGUCAAAGCUACUCACAGGGGAGACAGCACCAAGGUUUGGAGGGAUGCUGUUGUCUUCAGCAGGAAAUCUGGAAUCUUUCUGUCCCCCUGGGUGUCUGCUACACGGAGGCGAGCACAUGCUUUAAACUUUGGCAGGACCGGGAUGGAAACUGCACGAACAUACGUGAUCUAGAAACAUUCCCUCAGCAUCCCAUAGGGAGACAUAUUGGGAAUUGGGAAACCUGUAUGAUAACUAACACUACUGUCUGAAAGCACAAUUUUCCAUUCAUCUUUUUGGAUGUAAACUUUUAUCCCAUAAUUUUAAAAUAUUGAAAGCAUUGUGUAAUGCUUGCUUUACUAAACAAUUAAAUUCAAUACAUGUUUUUAAGGGAGAUGGGAGAGAAAGAGAGAGAGAGAGAGAGAGAGAGAGAGAGAGAGAGAGAGAGAGAGAGAGAGAGAAUAAAUAUAUGAAUGAUUGAGGGAGAGAAUGAGAUUCCUACUCUGAGUUUUGUUUUUUUUCCAAUCUAAUAUGUCAUUCUUCUUUGUUCAAUAUGUCUAGAACUCUGUACAUUAUGCCAUUUUGAGUGUGGUCAGCAAUAUAGCCCAUUGUUAAGAUGCCACAAUCCUGCCCUCCAUCAGAUCUGAAGAGCCUUAUGGAAACUUUAAUGGUUAAUACAUAUGAAGCAUUUAUUUCAAUUGAACAUCUAAUUUAUCAAAAUCUAGAUCAGAGAAAAAGAUGUCUCCUGAUGGUAUGAAAAAUGGAUCAUGCUUUUAAAAAUCAUAUAGUUAUUAAGCCUUGUUAAUAACAAAUGUGUGCCAAUGGGAAUGGAAUCCCAAUAUUUCUUAUGUAUUCUUUUUAUAUAGUUAGCUCUGUGUUUCCAAGAAAUCCCAUUAAAUAUCCAUUAGCUGAUGGAAAGAAAGAAAGAAAGAAAAAGAAAGAAAGAAAGAAAGAAAGAAAGAAAGAAAGAAAGAAAGAAAGAAAGAAAGAAAGAAAGAAAGAAAGAAAGAAAGGAAGGAAGGAAGGA